AUGGCCACGAAGAAGGCUGCCGACUCAACUCUAUAUCACCUCAGUCCGAAAGGCUUUUGGAAGAGAUUCCGCGAUGCUGUCGUUGUCAAUCCCGAGAUUUCUAGUGGUCUGCCAUUACAAGGCGUGAACAGGUUCCCUCCUCCAGGCUCAAGACCUGAAAAAUACUCUACUCCUGCUACCAAAGCUUCCGAUAUCGCUCAAAACCCCUACUGGAAACGAGACGUCCGACGUGCUUACCCCCAGCUUUCCGUGAUAACACAGACAGGCUUGUCUUCGUUGUUGAUUGAGCACUCUACUCCACAAGUUGUCGCGGCCCCAGCGGAAGGAGAUACAGCGGAGGGCUCCAAGGCCGUCUCUACUUCCCAAGACCCCAUCGAACUCGCGGCAGCCAUUUCCCAGAUAACCAAAUCAACAAAACUCUACUCCGAGUCCAAACUCCCACCAACACUAACACUUUCAUACCCGCGAUGGCGACCAGAAAGAGCUCCUGAUGCUCCUCAUCCUCAACACGCAUACUUCCCUUUGCAAUUGUACAAAUAG